CAUGACAGUGUUGUAUACGUUAGCCGUUUUGUGGUUGAUAUCACUUUUACCAGGUGUAGUGUCCCAGGAUUUACAUGUCCACUUGGAGCCUGAUCGGAACACAUUUUACGUCAACAUCGGAGACGAUUUUGAGGUGACGUGUGCGCUGGACAGUGGCUCCCUGAAUGGCGGGACGACAUUCCAGUGGUACCGGGAUGACGGGACAGACCCCGGCACGAAGAUAACGGACACUGCUUUGCCUGUCGACACCCAAUCAGGCCAGGUAGUAGAACACAGUUCAGGACCGCCUCCUGAGUCAAAACUGAAGUUUUAUCAGGUACAGAGCAGCGAUUUUGGGAGAUUUAAGUGUAUAGGAUCGUUCAAUGGGACAACCUCAGACCCAGUCGUUUUCUCAUUGGAGAUGAGAGAACCGAUCACUUUCACCGACGCCGAGCUCACACAGACGGUGACUUUACACCAGGAGGCGCUGGUGAAGUGCCUGGCGACAGGACGUCCCGCACCCAAGAUUACCUGGAGCUUUAUCCCUCUGGGGACAGGUACCAAGGAAUUUGAUAUCACGGGGAAUCAAGCCGACAUUUACUCAGAAACUCAUGAGGGCCUCGUCAUCAAGAAUGUCACCCUGGGCAACGAGGGCACGUUUGUGUGUGAGGCAGAGUCACUGAAUUCCACGCUCAGUCUGAAUAUUUCGGUGGAAGUUUUUGAACCUCUCAGCUGGGUGACAGUGCCUGAGGACACCCAAGGGUACCUUAACCACUCCAUAGCGUUCACCUGUGGGGCUCAAGGCAGACCAGAACCGCAAUAUAAGUGGUUUAAGGCGCCCUCCGCGUCCGAAACGCCAACGAUCUUAGUCGCAAACAGCCGAGUGUCCCUUAACUCGACCAGUGGUCAAUUGACCAUCACUGCAGCGCAACAGUCUGACGCAGGAGUGUACACGUGCAUGGCAGAGCAGUCAGCGGGGAGUAACAUCACAAUAAGUGCCAUCUUGGAGGUCAGCGACCCAGCACCAAGGAUUGUCAGCUUUCAGAACUCGACAACCUUGGAAACGUCUGAGGGCGUGAUGACGUGCAGCGCGCAAGGCAAACAACCAAUAAACAUUACGUUUACAAAAGUUGUACUUCCGGUGCCAGAGAACCUGGAUGAGACUUCUACCCGCAUAACACUGGAGAGAUCUCAUAACGAUACCACGGUCAGCUCCACGCUGCGGAUAGCUAACUCCAUUGCAACGGAUACUGGUACCUACAGAUGCUUGGCGGACAACGAUUUUGGUUCAGAUACCAGUGAUGCCACGUUAACAGUGGAAUACCAGCCCCGUUUUACCGACACAAUGCCAGUGGCCAAUGAAUCUCAACGCUUCUGGCUUUACGACAAUCAGGCUGUUGCCAUGGUCACCCUGAUGUGUAAAGUGGACGCCGUCCCUCCCCCUAGCCAGUGGUCAUGGUGGAAGGGGACUGACCACAUCAGUAACGAUGCCAAUCAUACCAUUGUCAUUGAUGGACUGACCAGUAACCUGUCUAUUGCCGUGGACGAGAACAACAUUGGAACUGUUAGCGGGGUGUAUCACUGCAACGUGUAUAACUCGCGUGGAAUGGCGAAACAUUAUAUAACUCUGACGGAGUCUACCGUUCCAAGUAAAGUGACCGACAUACAUAUUAACAAGACCACGUCCACUACGGUCCAGCUGAUAAUUGACCCCCCGCAGGACAAUGGCGGCCUGCCAGUCACAGAUUAUUUAGUUGACGUGGCCGAGCUCUCCCAAACGGGUACCUCACGGCAUGUGAAACUCCAAAUAGAUUCGGACCUCGUCAUCACGGAACUGAAGCCCAACACGACGUACGUGGUCAAAGCUAAGGCCGUUAAUGCCGCGGGGAUGAGUGACCAGAGCGAGGGGGUCACCGUGCUUACUGCACCCUCUCAAGCAAGCGCCCCCGGUCCGCUUUCACAGUUGAACGUUACCAAUGUAACGUCGGAUUCCAUAACGCUAGAGAUUGCCCCGCCGUCUGAAAAUGGCGGACUACCCAUAACUGGUUACAUGGUCAUCAUGGGAACGCAACACCAGUCCUACAAUCUUAAUGACACUCUGACUAUACAUGGGUUAGAGAACGGGACUCUCUAUAACGUCCAAGUAAUGGCAGUUAACGCAGAAGGAAUGGGUCCUCCAACCGCAAUUAAUGUUACUACGCUGACGACAGACGUUGUAGGUACUCCUGCACCCACAGAACUGCCCUCCACCAGUACGACUGUAACCACAACCAGUUCCUCUGGCACAACCACUUCAACCAGUUCAACCACAACCACUACAACCAGUAGAACCACCGUGACAGCGCCACCGCCUCCGCCCACUGAUGCCGAUACCACCACAACAGUAACGCCAUCUACUGCCAAGACACUGGAAGCAACAUCUACCACUGUUGAACCCAUGGUAGUACCAGUCAAAACGAAAACAGAGUUCUACUACGAGAAGUACACUCCGUGGAUCGUGGUGAAUGACAGCAACCCGUGCACGGCACACUUGGAGUGCGGGGCGUGCAUUGCUGCGCAUCGUGACUGCGCAUGGUGUAAACAAGAGGGUUGGGAAGACUUUCAUUCCGAUGACCGCUGCGAUACAUUGAGCAAGCUUCAGGAAUUGGGAUGUACGCCAGAUAACAUCGUGAAUCCAAAUAAUAAAAUAGUGACUGGAACGAGUUCGGCAGAUCUUUUCAUUGGCCCGCCGGAAGUCACCAUUACACUAAAACCCGGCAGCAUCGUGUCUUUCACUGGUACAUACGCCGUACCUCCCUCCUACUUGCUGGAUGUCUACAUUUUACUGGAGGUCAAUUAUAUGGAUGAAGACAACCAAAUGAAGAUAUACCUGGAAUCAAAUAUGCAGUCAAUAGCAAACACGCUGAAUACUUUUUCCAGUGAUUUACGGUUUGGAUUCGGAACAUUUAUCGAUAAACCCGAGAUGCCGUUUAUGUCAGAAGAACGUAACCAAUAUUGCCUUAAUUGUGCUGAGAACUGCACGUGCCAACCAUCCAGUUUCCAACAUGUCGUCGGAAUGACGGAGGAUUUGGCUUUGAUAGAGGAGAGGGUUUACGAAUCACUGGAAAACUUCAGUAAGGAUCCGUUAGACGCGGGGCUGGAUGCGUUGCUGCAAGUUAUUCUAUGCAAGGAUCAAAUUGGUUGGAGGGACAAGUCAAGGAAAGUUGUGUUACUUUUAGGCAGAAACACAUUUCAUCUUGCCGGAGAGGGGAAGCUUGCAGGUGCCGUAUUACCGUACGAUGACACUUGCCACCUGGAUUCAAAUGGACAGUACGCAGAGGAUUUCAAAAGGGAUUAUCCCUCCUUACACAAAGUAAAGAAGAUCGUGGAAAGCAAUAAAGUCAACGUCAUAUUUGGUGUCCUCCCUGGCGUCGCAUCCGGGUUCCGGACGCUGUCCGAAAUGGUCAGCGGGACGGUGGUUGAGGAAACCGCGGGGACAGAUAUUGACCGGGCUCUGCUGUCAGGAAUGCAGGCACUUAAUAGCAAGCUAGAACUCAGAGUAAAAGAUGAUCCAGUUCACAGCGACGUGCAGUUACAUGCUGAAUGUCAAAGAGGGAACGCUGUAGACGAACGAAACAAGACGCUUAUUUGUGAAAACCUAGGUCCGUCAGACGUGGUCAAUUUUCGGGUUACUGUGACCGUCGAUAAAUGUCCUUUGGAAGACCACGUGGUAUACGUGUCACCAAUCGGAAUAGGGGAGGAGGUCAAGGUCAGCUUGCACCCGCUUUGCACCUGUCCAUGUGAGGCCACGACGCCGGCAACCAUGGUAACGACACCGGCAACCAUGAACGCAUCCCCGGAGUGUUCCAGCAACGGUGUCCUAUCCUGUGGUAGCUGCGUCUGUAAUGAGGGCUACUUUGGACGCUGGUGCGAAUGCAAUUUGGAGAAACUGACCAACUCCACCUGGGAUCAGUGUCGAAGCGAUGAAAAUAGCUCGGUGUGUUUCGGCCAGGGAGAGUGUUUCUGCGGGUCCUGCUACUGCAACCGCGUCCCAGGAGAGAGGGUGAAGUUUGACGGGGACUACUGUUUUUGUGACAACACCUCGUGUCCACGAGACACUGACUUCAGGAUGUGUGGAGGUCCUCUGCAGGGCAAUUGUGUUUGUGGCAGCUGUGAAUGUGAACCGGGGUUCAGUGGCGACGCCUGUCAGUGUAACUCCACGUCCGGCACAUUACUGUGUACAUCGUCCAAUGGGUUGCUGUGUAAUGGGAAGGGUGACUGUCGCUGUGGUCGCUGCUACUGUGACGUCAACUCCGGCUACUCCGGCCCCACCUGUGAAAUAUGUCCGACAUGUCGUGAAGUCCGGUGUCCCGAUAUCAUAAGCUGUAUUCGAUGCACGUUGAAAGCACGAGUCCAAGAGGCGCAUGUGUAUCACAGUCCAGAGGUCCUUGAAUUUGAAGCAGAGUGCGACAACAUCUGCAGGUUACACGAAAUACAAACGGUAUCAGAUAUCCGAGAGGCGGACCUGUUUGACUUCGUGUGUCGAGUCCCCACUGGCCAUAAAAAUUGCUUCAACCUCGUCACCUACAAAGAAUUGGGGCAGGAGAAAGUCGCCAUGAAGAUAAAGACCGUGGAAGAAUGUCCAAUGAACGAAACGGCCAUGUAUGACCUUAUUUGGAAGUGUGUCGUCAUAGACCUGGCUAUCCUAGUUUUAGUUCUCCUAAUACUACUGUUGUGGCGCCUCAUAGUCUGGUGUAUAGAUAGAAAUGCCGUACAACACCCUAUGAUAGUUCCAUUGGAGGAAUUCCAGUCCACGGACGCUAAAUAGCUCAACUCAUGUUUGUCAGUAUUAGGAUCUCGAAUAUUUGGUGGUGGUUGGGGG